GUCCCUGGGUCGCUAAUGGGGAAGCCAGCACUGAGCUCAGUCAUUUCUCUCCAACGACCGCCUCGACAAAGUCCCUUCGCCCGGCCGGGCUCGGGCGGCGGAGAGUCGAGGUCUGACGGCCACAAGGCGACACCCCGGGACUCGAGCCGCGGCAGCCGGCCAGUCAGGCCCGGGACGCGCCGAGCGCGUGGCAGCCGGCACGAGCCCCACGCGGGGGUUUCCGCGCCCGGCGGGCGGGGCCGGAAGAGGAAGUCGCAGCUGCUGUGGCGGCCCCAGCAAGCAGCGGCGGUCCCCAGAGAGCCCGGCCGCCUGCCUCCGCCCGGCUCCACAACCGAGGCGGCGCCGUCGACGGACCCGGAGCCCCCUGCUGCCGACGUCCCGCGGCGUGAUGGGGCUACCGCGGCGGAUGCCCUCCGCAGCGGCCGCCCUGCUCUGGGGCUUCCUGGUCUCGCUGCUGCUCAGGAAGCAAUCCUGCACGCAUCUGGAAGUGGCACUCCUUCACCAUCUAAGGACUACUGCAUGCUGUAUAACGCUCACUGGACAGAGCUCCCAAGCACCCUAGACAAUGCAACUUCCAUUAGUUUGAUGAAUCUGACUACCACAUCACUAUGCAACCUUUCCGAUAUCCCUCCUGAUGGCAUAAAGAACAAAGCAGUCGUGGUAACUUGGGGACCCUGCCAUUUUCUUGAAAAAGCCAGAAUUGCACAGAAAGGAGGUGCUGAAGCAUUGUUGGUUGCCAAUAACAGUGUCCUAUUUCCUCCCUCAGGGAACAGAUCUGAAUUUCAGGAUGUGAAAAUACUGAUUGCAUUUAUAAGCCACAAAGACUUUAAGGAUAUGAAUCAGACCCUUGGAAGUAACAUUACUAUAAAAAUGUAUUCUCCUGCCUGGCCUAACUUUGACUAUACUAUGGUGGUGAUUUUUGUAAUUGCUGUGUUCACUGUGGCAUUAGGAGGGUACUGGAGUGGACUAAUUGAAUUGGAAAACUUGAAGGCAUUGACAAACAUUGAAGAUAGAGAAAUGAAGAAAAAGAAGGAAGAGUAUUUAACUUUUACUCCUCUUACAGUUGUAAUAUUUGUGGUUGUCUGCUGUAUUAUGAUGGUAUUACUUUAUUUCUUCUACAAAUGGUUGGUUUAUGUUAUGAUAGCAAUUUUCUGCAUAGCAUCAGCAAUGAGUCUGUACAACUGUCUUGCUGCACUAAUUCGUAAGAUCCCAUAUGGACAGUGCAGGAUUGUCUGUCGUGGCAAAAGCACUGAAGUGAGACUUAUUUUCCUUUCUGCACUGUGCGUAGCAGUAGUUGUGGUUUGGGCUGUGUUUCGAAAUGAAGAUAGGUGGGCUUGGAUUUUGCAAGAUAUCUUAGGGAUUGCUUUCUGUCUGAAUUUAAUUAAAACACUGAAGUUACCCAACUUUAAGUCAUGUGUGAUACUUCUAGGCCUUCUCCUCCUCUAUGAUGUAUUUUUUGUUUUUAUAACACCAUUCAUCACAAAGAAUGGUGAGAGUAUCAUGGUUGAAGUUGCAGCUGGACCUUUUGGAAAUAAUGAAAAGAAUGAUGGAAACUUUGUGGAAGCCACUGCUCAACCCUCAGCUCCCCAUGAGAAAUUACCAGUAGUCAUCAGGGUACCAAAGCUAAUCUAUUUCUCAGUAAUGAGUGUGUGCCUCAUGCCUGUAUCAAUACUGGGCUUUGGAGACAUUAUUGUACCAGGCCUGUUGAUUGCAUACUGUAGAAGAUUUGAUGUUCAGAUGGGUUCUUCUUCUGUAUACUAUAUUUCUUCUACUCUUGCCUAUGCUGUUGGCAUGAUACUUACAUUUGUUGUUCUGGUGCUGAUGAAGAAGGGACAACCUGCCCUCCUCUAUUUAGUACCUUGCACACUUAUUACUGCCUCCAUCGUUGCUUGGAGACGUAAGGAAAUGAAAAAGUUCUGGAAAGGUAGCAACUAUCAGAUGAUGAAUCAACUGGACUAUUCAACAAAUGAAGAAAAUCCUGUGAUUACUGGUGAACAGAUUGUCCCUCAAUGAUAUUAUAUGGACCUGCAAUAAUAAUGUGUCACUGAUUUUCUACAAAUAGAGUUUGACUUUUUAGAUUGACUUUUGAAUUAACAUUCUGAAAGAAUCUUCAGUAAUAUGCUUGCAAAUAUAUAUUUUUAUGAGCUGGUACUGACAAUUAUAAAUAGUUAAAAUGCAUUACUUUUGAUUAUGUUAAAGUUGUGCCUUCACACUAAAUAAAAACAUAUGGCCUGUGUCAUUUCCAAGA